AUGAUUCAAGGCAGGAAAUUUCGGCUUCGGGAAGGGAAAGGAAGUAGUUUUGUUAACUUGGCAAGGAAGAGAAGAAAGAAUGAACGACGAGAUGUGUCGAAGCAAAUCCAGCAGAUGGCCAGAUUCAUCUGCCAAGAGACCGAGGAGAAAGCCAAUGAGAUAGCCGCGUCUGCUGAAGAGGAAUUCAACAUUGAAAAGCUACAAAUAGUAGAAGCUGAGAGGAAAAAGAUAAAACAAGAGUAUGAGCGCAAGGGAAAGCAGGUGGAAAUACGAAAGAAAAUAGAGUACUCGAUGCAGUUGAACGCGUCGAGGAUCAAAGUGCUGCAAGCGCAGGACGAGUUGGUGAACUCCAUAAAAGAAACUGCGAGAAAGGAACUGCAGCGUCUGGGAAAUGACAAGAGGGGAUACAAGAACCUAGUCAAGGCUCUGGUGGUGCAGAGUCUGGCUCCGCUGAGGGAGCCAUCGGUGAUACUGAGGUGCCGAAAGGUGGAUCGUAAGCUGGUCGAGUCUAUCAUCAAUGAAGCUAAACGAGAGUAUGCCGAGAAAUUCAAUGUACCCCCCCCAAAGAUUGCCAUCGACAAUGUGAGCCUCUCACCGCCUCCUCCCGGAGACGCAAACUAUUUCGCCCAUCAACCUUAUUGCUCCGGCGGCGUUGUGUUAGCUUCGGAAGACGGGAAGAUUGUUUUCAAGAACACUUUAGAUGCACGCCUUGAAGUUGCUUUCAAACAGAAACUACCUGAGAUUCGAAGGCGUCUGGUGGGAGAAGGAGGUGCAUGACCUUCACUAUAUAUAUAAAAUAAGAAUAAAUUAUAUGGUAUGAAUUGUUCUAAUGUUGCUUAAUUUUGCAUGGUCUUUCAAAGAUAAAUAAAUUGAAAUAUGUCGGUUCUGGUAAA